AUGGGACAACAGGGAAAGGAUAGACGUGGCGGUGGACGUGGUGGUGGCCGCGGCCAGGGACAGUCGCGCGAUGUGCAGGUCUCAAAAGCUCUCAGCUUGCUAUUGCGACAUGCAGCCGAAAAGGAAGGGGUGAAGAUGAACGCCCAAGGCUACGCGAAUGUAGCAGAUGUGCUUGCCUGGCGAAAACUCAAGUCCAUCAAAGCUACCUUUGACGAGAUCAAGCACGCCGUCGAAUCCUCCGACAAGAAGCGCUUCGCUCUCCUACAUAUUCCCUCCGCGCAACCGACCCAGUCUACGACAAAGGCUACCUUGACACCCACAACCACCCCAGGAACCCAGGAACAAAUGGACGGAGAAGUCGCAGCGGGCGAAGACCAGCCAGCCACGUCGGUACUUGAUGCGCCGUCCAGCAAUGAAGACCAAGUAAACGCGACACAGCAAGCUCUGGCUUCAACAGAUCCCGAACCAUCCAAUUACAUGAUUCGAGCGACACAGGGACAUACUCUCCAAAGUGUCGAUGCGGCGUCUUUCCUCGAACCGCUCACAUUGGCGGACGAGUCGAAGCUUCCCCAGACUGUCGUUCACGGUACAUUCCACGGCGCAUGGCCUCUGAUUUUGCAGUCUGGUGGACUGCGGGCGAUGGGUCGACACCACGUACACUUUGCGACAGGCCCUUCAAUCGAGACCACACUCGCCGCCGAAGCAAAACUAGCUGCCGAAGCAAAACUAGCUGCCGGAGGCACGACAUCGACAGAGAAAGGAGGAGAAACCAAGCAGGAAAGCCAGGUUAUCUCGGGCAUGCGACGGGACGCUCAGAUUUUGAUUUACCUGGAUAUCAAGAAGGCACUCACAGCUGGGGUACCAUUCUGGCGGAGUGAGAAUGGGGUUAUUCUUAGUGAGGGAUUGCCUAUUCCCAAUGGAAAGACUGAUGCAGAUGGCAAUCCGGAGAAGGUGGUGUCGAUCGACUUUUUCGAGUUUGUGUUUGAGCGCAAGCUUGGUCUUGGCCAGCUUUGGCCCAAGGGGGGAGGGAGUGAAGGAGCUUCCGGAGAGUGCGAUCAAGAAGGGGACGCCUAA